AUGGCUACCGCCAAACUGCUCGUGGAUGCAUUCAAGGAGGUCAAAGACGAUGUCUGCAAUGUAGAUACUUCAUCGUCCAUGAAGGAUGACACCUCUGAGAAUCAACUUAGUGGGAGCCGAGAGGAUCCACUCAAGUGGCUCAAGCAGGAACUCAGCCGACAAGUUGGCAAUCUGGAUGGGAAGUUCGCCUCUUUCAAGAACUUCCCAUGGAUCAUAAUGCCCAGUGUGCUCGCAAAUGAAAAUCUUUGCAUUAAGGGAUCUCUGGCACACAAAUGUCUCUUACCUGGGGAAUACCAUAACAUCAAAUCAAAGAGCAAGGGUAUCAGAGGGCUGACUCAGAAGGAAGUCUCUAUACUUGUAGAGGCUCUGAAGGCAGGAACAAUGUUUGUGGUCAAGAUCCCAAAAAUGUCAUGA